AUGUGUCUCUCCCUUCCCAGGUACCUGGAGGAGUCCAAUCCACACAUCGGCCACCUCAUGUCUAAUUUCAACCUCACCUCUUCUGACCCUUCUGUAUUCAUCCUAAUGGGCAUCCCUGGCCUGGAAGCAGCCCACAUCUGGAUUGCCAUCCCCUUCUGUGUAUGCUACCUUAUCAGCCUGUUGGGAAAUUUCCUGAUUCUGUUUGUGGUAGGCAAAGAGCAGAGCCUGCACACGCCGAUGUACCUGCUGCUCUGCAUGCUGGCACUCACCGACAUCGGCAUGUCUUCCUCUGUUGUGCCGAAAGCCCUGUGUAUAUUGUGGUUCAAUCUGAAAGACAUUACUGUGGGAGGUUGCCUCACUCAGAUGUUCUUCCUUCACAUGGUUAUUGUGAUGCAAGCAGCUGUUCUCAGCAUAAUGGCCUUCGAUCGCUACAUUGCCAUAUGCAACCCUCUAAGAUACGCCACCAUCCUCACCAAUGCACGCGUAGCUAAGCUAGGGCUAGCGGGUUUGGUAAGAGCUGUUCUCUUAGUUUUGCCCAUGCCUCUGCGCCUGAGCAGCCUGCCGUUCUGUGCCAACCACAUUAUCCCCCACACAUACUGCGAGCACAUGUCUGUGGCAAAGAUCUCCUGUGGGGACAUCACAAUCAGUCGGACUUAUGGAUUGGGAAUGAUAUUAUCAGUCUCUGGGUUAGAUCUGACACUCAUUGCUCUGUCCUAUGGACUGAUCAUCAGAGCUAUCCUCAAAGUCUCCUCCAAGACAGCCCACCAGAAAGCCCUCAACCCCUGCACAGCCCACAUCUGUGUGAUUCUGGUGUCUUACUCUUCCUGCCUCUUCUCCUCUCUGACACAAAGGUUCGGCCAGAGCAUCCCUUCCCCAGCACAAGUCAUUAUUGCCAAUGUCUAUGUCCUUGUCCCUUCCAUGUUCAACCCCAUCAUCUAUGGGGUCAAAACCAAAGAGCUUCGUGCCAAAGUGAGUAAAUACAUCUGCAGAAGGCAAUCACCUGGGACUACUGACUCUAAACCUGCAUAA